UGGCUAAGUCGCCAUACAUUUUCCUUUUUGCCUUUCUAUGGCUUUGUCCAACUAAUUGUAUUCCAAAUUCUCAAAUCAUCUCCCUUUUUACACGAAGGAGCAAGUCUCCUUUGUUGGACUAUCGUUACGAAUCCCGUUCUUCGUUCGACUCGUUCUUCCUUCUUCUUUGACCAUGGUUUGCUUGGUUUCUCGCACGGGAAGGCACUUGCAGCGAUACGAUAGCCUCGGCCGCCGCCAAGUUGUCGGGUGCAUCCCGUACAGAUACAAAGGUAACAUAGACGGAACAUUGAGCAAUGACUUGGAGGUUCUCCUAAUCUCCUCACAAAAAUGCCAGAAAAUGAUGUUCCCUAAGGGUGGUUGGGAACUUGAUGAAUCUAGAGAAGAAGCUGCUUUAAGAGAGUCAAUCGAAGAAGCCGGUGUCGUAGGCAAGGUUGAGCGUGAAUUGGGCAAAUGGGACUUCUUGAGCAAACGCCAUGGCACAUUCUAUGAAGGGUACAUGUUCCCUUUGCUUGUCAAGGAAGAACUCGCUUUCUGGCCGGAACAAAGUCUCCGAAAACGAACUUGGAUGAAUGUGAAAGAAGCAAGGGAUGUGUGCCAACAUUGGUGGAUGAAGGAGGCCUUGGACAUACUGGUUGAAAGGCUGGGGUCCCUGCAGCAACAAAAUAUCAGAAGUUGUUUGUAGAUAGGGGCAUUUUUAGCCACUUAUAAUUAAUCGCUUGGGCUUUCGGAUAAGGUUAAUGUGUGGAGCGCGAGUAUACUUCGAAUUUUUUGAAAUCUGGUGGUAUACCCAGAUUUUUUUUUGUACUCAUGCUCCAAUUUGUGCUUGUCUUUGUUAGAUGUAUUAGUGAUUCAUAUGGAAAGAUCUUAUGGAUCACCAAGUCUUAUCCUGCGUAAAUUAGUUGCUUUUUUUCCUUCAAAUUUGUUCUUGUUUAUGUCCAAAAGUAUGUUGAUUAUUCA